AUGGGGCUAAAUGGUGUAAUGUUAGAAAAGGUACCUGCUGUGUGUGCUGCGAUAACCAUAUUGAUUCCUUAUUGUACAGAUGUGGACACAUGUGCACGUGCUCUAAAUGUGCAAACGAGUUGGUCCGAGGAGGACGAAAAUGCCCAUUGUGUCGAGCACCCAUUGUUGAGCUAUCCAGAUGACUUGAAAAGUCUCGGAGGAAAGUUCCCUCUCUCUUUCUGUGGGGCGGUUGGUAGGUGGGGCGUGGUGGCAAAACUGUUGUCUUCCUUCACACGAUUCCUAGUAGCACAAGCACUAAACCAGAAGAAGACCAUGACUUCCUCCGCCGAAAAUAAAACAUGUAGGUUGUGCUGGGGAAGCGUUGCAGAAGGGAGAGACCAAGCCAUCUUCACCGCCGAGUGCUCCCACACCUUCCACUUCUCCUGCAUCUGCAGCUACAUCUCUCAGGGCCACCGCAUCUGCCCCGUCUGCACCGCCCAAUGGAACUAUCUCCCUAUCAUUCCGCCCCGUAACACAUUCACCUUUCCGGUACCUAAUUUUCGUCCACAGCCUCUCUCUUUCUCUUUCUGUGAUGACGAGCCCCUUCCCCUUGUCACUGCCGGUGGUGAUCCCAUGUCCAUAGACUCACUUGUCGACUUGCACAAAGUGACCAUCAAGUCCGUUCCCGAGUGCAGAGCCGUUGGUCCUUCAGAGUCCGUGUCUCAGUUUGCAGUUCUUAUUGGACUCAAGGCGCCCUCGCUAUCCUCUCAGCGCGUGCCUAUUGACAUUGUCACGGUGCUGGAUGUCAGCGGCAGCAUGAAGGGGAUGAAGCUGAGUCUCGUGAAGAGGGCCGUGCACUUUGUCAUUGAUAACUUGGGAGUUUCUGACCGGCUUUCCAUUGUGUGCUUCUCUAACGGUGCUAACAGAGUGCUGCCUCUGCGGAGGAUGACAGAGGGUGGCCGUGAAGAUGCCAAGCGCGCUGUUGAUUUACUCGUGGCGAGUGGUGGGACGAACAUUGCUGAAGGCCUAAAGAUGGGAGUUCGAGUUCUUGAAGAAAGGCACUUCAAGAAUCCGGUGACCAGCAUCAUAUUCUUGUCUGAUGGGGUUGACACUUACAACCUUGGUAGGUUGUUGCAAGGCGGAGACCUGCAUCUGCUGCCUCCCUCGAUUUUUCCCAGAAACCAAGGAUCAGGGGCGGAACCAGAGGAGGGGACGAUUCCAGUCCAUUCAUUUGGUUUUGGUGCGGAUCAUGACCCCAUCACGAUGCACGCCAUUGCUGAUGCAUCGGGGGGGACUUUCUCCUUCAUCGAGUCCUACGAGAUGGUUCAAGACGCCUUUGCAGGGUGCAUAGGCGGUCUCCUGAGCGUCGUGACUCAGGAGCUUCGCCUGAAGCUGAGAUCAGCGUCACACGGCGUGGAGAUCAAGUCUAUCCCUUCUGGAAGAUACAAGAGUGAGAUUUCUAACCAAGGAUCGGAAGGCCUAAUCAAUGUCGGAGACCUCUAUGCAGACGAGGAGAAAGAGUUUCUGAUCAACGUGUCAAUCCCCGUAUUUACGAGCAACGAGGGCGAAGAUAGUCAGAGGAAGACCUCACUUCUGGACAUCACAUGCUCCUACAAAGAUGCAGUCUCGAAGCAGACUGUGGUGAUAGAAGGAGACCUAGUGGAGGUGCGGCGCCCCACGGCCCCGACGCCUCAAGACUUGGCCAUGAACUUGGAGGUUGAUCGGCAGAAGAACCGUGUUCGUGCAGCAGAAAGCAUCAAGCAGGCUCAGCAGAUGGCGGAAGCAGGAAAUCUGUUCGGGGCAAUGAACCUGCUGCAACAGAAGAGAAGUUAUCUUAUGUCUACUGCUUCUGCUCAGGCAGGAGAUGGCAUGACGAAGUGGCUUGAAGGUGAGAUGAAGGAGACCGAGAUGCGAAUGGGUAGUGCAACAAUUUAUCAGCAGUCGGGGCGCGCGUAUGCUCUGUCGGGAAUGAGCUCACAUGCUUCCCAGAGGGCAACGACCAGAGGUGGCUUGGUGGCUGGAGGUGCCCAGCUUUCGUAUGGAUCGACUGCCUUUGGUGCUCCUAUCGGAGGUGCCCAGCAUUCGUUCGCGUCGACUGCCUUCGGAGGUUAUGCAACUCCGCAGAUGUCUGAUAUGGUUUUGAAGUCUCAGCAGCAGAGCAAGGCAGGAGAAGGGAGUGCUUCAAAAUAA